CCCACCGUCAGCAGGACGAGAUUAGCUCUCCCGUGGAUUAUUAGGGUGAAACUAAAGCGGACAGAUACACCCGGUGAAACGAUGACACGUCAGUGGCUUUAUACAGCCACAUUCACUAACUUUACCAAGUGAUGUUAUUAUAAAGAAAGGCGUUUUCAAUAACCCCAGGCUAAUAUAAUGAAGCGUCCCAGAUAUUAACAGUAACGCGUCGCUGUAAGCCGCUUUAAGACUGCGCGCAGGUGGAUGGAAAUAGAAGCACUCGAGCUGAGCUGAGAUGAGAUGCGGACCUGAGAGAAAACUUUUGCAUCAAACAGCGAAGAAUGAACAGCGAUGAUUUUAGAGCCUACUCUGACCGUCUUUCCUCCUUUAAAGGCAGAAAAUAACGGGACGCAGUUCCAAAGCGCUUCGGAGUUCAGCGGAACUUUCGGAGUUUUCAGAAACGCGCAAAUAAUGGCAAAGAAGAAACGGGUUUUAUCGGUCAGUUUUCUCAAGGGUUUCCCAGAUGACAGGUUAUUGUAGAGGCAGACAUGCCAGCCAACCUCACCGUCUCCAGCCACACCACCAACUACAACUUCCCAGCGCUCAUCUUCGGGAUAUUAUUGAUCAUCAUCAUCAUCUGCGGGAACGUGCUGGUGUGUCUGAGCGUGUACACGGAGAAAGCGCUCAAAACCACUACCAACUACUUCAUAGUCAGCUUGGCUGUUGCUGAUCUGUUGCUGGCUGUUCUGGUCUUACCACUGUUCGUGUAUGCAGAGUUCCAGGAUGGGGUUUGGUCCCUCAAUAUGACCGUAUGUGAUGGACUGAUGACCAUGGAUGUGAUGCUAUGCACCGCCUCUAUAUUUAACCUCUGCGCCAUCAGCAUAGACAGGUUCAUCGCAGUCUCCAUUCCUCUUAACUACAACCGCAAACACGUGGACCAGCGACAGAUUGUCCUGCUUUCAGCCACAUGGAUCCUGGCCUUGGCUGUGGCUUCCCCCGUGAUGUUCGGGAUCAACAACGUCCCCAACCGGGACCACAGCGAAUGCAAGCUGGAGGACAACAACUACGUGGUGUACUCCUCCGUCUGUUCCUUUUUCGUGCCGUGCCCCAUCAUGCUCUUGCUGUACUGCGGGAUGUUCCGGGGCCUGAGGAAAUGGGAGGAGGCGAGGAAGGCCAAACUGAGGAGCAGCAUGCAGGCCAGCAGAAAGCUUCAGGAGGCCGCCGCGUCCCUCCAGCCGCUGUCUGGCCUGCCGCCUCCUCUGCCCCCCGUGAUCGAGAAAGACUUGAGUGACAUUACCUUAGAAGAGCUGGAGCACGAUAACUUCCCCGAACCUGACAGCCCGGGUCCCGUUUCCAUGCUCCCACACCCCGGCGGGAGCCAGAACCGGCGAAGGAAGAGAGCGAAAAUAAACGGGAGGGAGAGGAAAGCCAUGAAGGUGCUUCCUGUUGUAGUAGGUGUCUUCCUGUUCUGCUGGACACCAUUCUUCGUAGUGCACACGAUGAGGGCUCUCUGUGAAGACUGCUACAUCCCCAGCAGCGUCAGCAGCAUCGUGACCUGGUUAGGAUACGUCAACAGUGCCCUCAACCCGAUUAUCUACACCGUCUUCAACACAGAGUUCAGGAAGUUCUUCCGGAAGUUCUUGCCGACUCUGCCCAACUGCUGCUAGCCUGAACAUGCUCUCUGCUAACGGUUUAUGAACAAAACAAGCCGAAAAGUAUAAGUGAACCAGACAAAUAAUGCUUACAUGUAAAUAUAGCAUGAAACAAAUGUAUGGUUAUAAUAAGAUGUUUGCUGCCAUUACGUUUUUAUUUUAUGGUUUAAUUUCAAAUGUUUAUAAGCAAACAAGAUAAAUUUGCAUAAAUGCAUGAAUUAAUCGUACAUAAACUGUGGGAUUUCAUUAAAUUAAAACAGAUUAUUUUGGGAUCAUUCUUAUCGUGUGUGUACACCAAAAGCGAAGUGAAUAUUCACACUGUGUUAAUUAAUCUAGAUUACCUUUGCAUUUUUCGCGUCACUUGUGUGAAUAAAAAAAAAUAAUUAAAAAAAUCACUCAUGCUCUCUAUUUUCAGUUACAAUAAGCGUGUCAACAAGCUCUUCUUCACUGAUUGGCUUGCGUGGCAAUACGUCAUACGCUAAUUUUCCUGUUCAAAUAAAAAAAUUCUACUUACGCGAAGGGCACGAUUGCGCAUAUUCACUACAUUCGCGUACCCAAUUUGUGUAAUUUGCGCCGCCCAGCAAGAAUUUGCUAUUCAGAUCUUUUCAUUGACUUUGAAUGUAAUUGCACAUUUGAACAAAUUAGCUUUUGCUGAGCACACACCAUUAUAAUGACAGUGUUUAAUUAAAUUUCUUUGUAAAAAAAAAAUUCUUGAAAAUUGUUAAUCAUUUAACAUAAAUUGUGGCGUUCUUCAUACAUAAUUUGCAUGUAAAUAGUUCAGAAAAACUAGUG